AUCGCCUUGUCGAUUCAAAUUUAGAGAGGGAGAGAGCGAGAGCUGUUACGUGCUUCUAGAGAGAGACAAGAAGAAGAAGAAGAUGAUACUUAGAACUCCACCAGAGAAGCGGACAAGAGGAGGAGUCGCCGACUCAAAUGCAAUACCUAUCAUCGAGAGCCCUCAAUCGGACCACCACCAUAACGUCAUCAACGAAGACAACAACAUUUCGCCGCUCCAACCUUCCUCCCCCGAACAACUCCUCUGCACCUACCAGUGCCGCCAAUUGGUUAAAUCGGAUUUUAUAGACGCGUUGAGUAGUGCCGAGAAGCAAGCUCGCGAUUACCAGUCUAAAUUAGAGGGAAUCAAUGAAAAUUUCACGAAGUCUGAAGACGAGAAGAAGUUUCGAGAUAAAUUGUUACAGGCAGAGCAAGAACUUGCUGCUGCUAAAGGACGCGAACAAGCUCUUCAAAAUCAACUUGCUAAGGAAGUUAAUGAUAACCAAGAAAGGUUCAAGAAACAGUUAGAAUCACAAAGUAAACUUGAGGUUAACCUUGAAAAUGAGAAGAACCUUCGCCAGAAAGCUGAAUCCUCAGCAGCUUCUGCUGAAGAGAAAGCAAGUGUUUUAGAGGGAAAACUUAGCCAUCUUUCUGAAAGCAUAGAAAGGGAGAAAAAGCGCCCCAAUACUGAGCUUGAACAGAUGAAUAGAGAACCGGAGCAUUCUGUUUCUAGAAUAAGCGCAGAACUAGAAAAAAUGGAAUGCAGGGCUCAACAUGCUGAGAAAGAAUCAGAGCUACUGAAGGAGCAGCUAGAAGAUCUGAGAAGGCAACUUACUGAGGAGUCUGAAGUGAGAGAAGCAAGAAAGCUAAGAUCUUCUCAUGAAAACAUCGAGUUGUUGAAGGAAAAAUUAUUUGAAGAAAAAGGAUGGAGAGAAAGAGCAGAAUCAGAGCUAUCUAAGUUACUAGAAUUUGAGUUAAAUAUGAAGAAGCUGGAGGAUGAGUUGUCUUCUUGGAAGUCGGUGAUAAAGGAUAUCCCUGGGGUGUUGUGCUAUGACGAUAUACCUGCUAAGUUUGCAGCUUUACAGAAAGAGGUUAUUGACAACAUGAUGAAGGUAGGUGAGGCAAAUGCACUUUUGAAACAAAUGGAGGUGGCCUUGGACACUGCCCAACUUGGUAAACAAAAUGCUGAAACUGAGGCUGCAUUGACUAAAGAGAUGGCAGAAGCUUUGAAAUUGGAGGUCAAGGAGAUUGAAUUGAUGCUCUCUAUGGUUACCGAAGAGAGAGAUAGGUUGAAAAAUGUUGUUAAUGAAUUGAAGAGGCCAAAGGACAAUCGAAGAGGGGAUGCAACAGCCAGUGGAGUUCUUCAGGAGCUUGAAUCAUCUCUUGCAAAUAAGGUAUUUUGUAUUCAAGAAUUGGAGAAUAAUUUACAUGCACAAAAAGAAGUCAAUAAUCGCCAAUUGGAAGAAAUAAAGACACUCAAUGACAUGCUAAAUAAUGAAGCUAGAAGAAUUAAGUCAUUGGAAAGGGAGAGUGAUCGGCUUCGUGCAGAGAUCUCCCUGUUGGAGUCUAAGCUAGGGCAUGGUGACUUCUCUGCUGCAAAUACGAAAGUACUGAGAAUGUUUAAUACGCUUGCAGUUGAUAGUGAGGCCAAACAAUCUAUUGAGGCUUUACGAACUGAGUUGAAGAAGACAAAGGAGAAGUUACAAGCUGUAGAAGAAUUGAAGAGUCAGUCAGUUUCAGGUGAUACGGGCAAGCUGGUGGACUCCUAUAUCUCUGGGAAGAUAACACAAUUAAAAGAACAAAUUGCAACUCUUGAAAAGCGUGAAGAAAGAUACAAGACAGUUUUUGCUGAUAGAAUCUCUGUGUUUCGGAGGGCAUGUUGUGAACUUUUUGGCUACAAGAUUGUAAUGGAUGAACAUCAGCGUUCUAAUGGAAUACCAGUUACUCGGUUUACCCUGCAAUCUGUGUAUGCUCAAAGUGAUGAUGAGAAACUUGAGUUUGAAUAUGAAUCAGGGAAUACAAACAUUUUGGUAAAUGAUUACACAUCGCAGCCCGACAUAUCUCGUCAGGCUGAUAUAUUUAUUCGGAAGAUGAACUCAAUCCCAGCUUUCACAGCCAACUUAACAGUGGAGUCUUUCAACAGACGAACUCUAUCGUAAUACAGAUAAAAAUAUCCAUACAGCUCUAUGUAUAUAGCUAUAUAUUUUCUACCCUAGUGAUUUUAUCUUCUAGGUAUGUGCUGUCAACUUGGAAUAAAUUCAGUUCUAUAGCUGUGAAACAUGGAUUUGUUUUUCUGAUCUGAUUAAGAUUUUGAUUUAAGAGGAUGGUUUGUGGUGGGAGAGUGGAAGAGGGAAAUGCUUAUAGCUCACCAUUCACAUUAGGGUGAAUGUGAAUCUACAAUCUGUGGCUCCUAAUUAUAAUUUGAGCUUAGUUGUGUCUUACACUAUGCCUCUAAUGGGGAGGGGUGAUAAGAGGAGACAUGUGGGGGGGGCAUUGAUAUCUGUCACUGUUGGCAUUUUGAAUUUAACUGUAUUCAACAUUAUUUUUAAGUCUUGAAAAGUCUUCUAUUUUGGAGACAAUGUGACCUAAAGUUCUCUUG